CACAACACAUCUUUGAUGCGCCCAAACAGCCAAUCAGCGCUCAGAUCCAGUCCAGAACGCCUACAAACGUCGCUGACCGUCCAAUCAGAGCGCUCCUCCGGCGGACGCCAUUUCGUCCCGCUGUCCGCUCGGAACCUGUUGCUCCGCAGUUCCGUGUUGUGCAAUGGACGGAGAGGAUCUGACGAGCUUCUAUCCAGCGUCUCCAACGGCCCGUAUAUCAUGAGCACCACAGCCAAUGGCAACGACAGUAAGAAGUUCAAAGGUGACAUCAGAGGUCCCGGCGUGCCGUCCAGGGUCAUCCACAUCCGCAAGCUUCCCAACGACAUCGCAGAGACCGAGGUCAUCAGCCUCGGUCUGCCCUUCGGAGACGUCACCAACCUGCUGAUGCUCAAAGCCAAGAACCAGGCCUUCUUAGAGAUGAACUCGGAGGAAGCAGCUCAGAACAUGGUGAGUUAUUACUCCACCGUGAUGCCGAUCAUCAGACACCACCCGGUCUACGUCCAGUUCUCCAACCACAAGGAGCUCAAGACUGACAACUCCCCCAACCAGGAGAGGGCCCAGGCAGCUCUUCGGGCUCUCAGUACAUCUCACGUGGACACGACUGUGGCGGCUCCGAGUUCAGUGCUCAGGGUGGUGGUGGAGAACCUGGUGUACCCCGUCUCAUUGGACGCCCUCUGCCAGAUCUUCUCAAAGUUUGGGACGGUUCUGAGAAUUAUCGUCUUCACCAAGAACAGCCAGUUCCAGGCUCUGCUGCAGUACCCGGAUGGUGCGUCGGCCCAGGCGGCUAAACUGUCUCUGGAUGGGCAGAACAUCUAUAACGGCUGCUGUACUCUGAGGAUCAGCUUCUCCAAACUCACCAGCCUCAACGUCAAAUACAACAACGAGAAGAGCCGCGACUUCACCAGACCGGACCUGCCGUCUGGGGACAGCCAGCCCGCCAUGGAGCACCCGGCCAUGGCCGCCGCCUUCACCCCAGGUAUCAUCUCAGCUGCUCCGUAUGCAGGAGCCACUCACGCCUUCCCCCCCGCCUUCACCAUCCAGCCUGCAGUGUCCUUCCCCUAUCCAGGCCUGACGGUCCCCGCUCUGCCUGGAGGGCUGGCCUCUCUGUCCCUCCCCGGGGCUACCAGGCUGGGGUUCCCCUCCCUCCCUGCCGGAGUCUGUGUCCUGCUGAUCAGCAACCUCAACCCAGAGAGAGUUACGCCCCACUGCCUCUUUAUUCUCUUCGGUGUUUACGGAGACGUCAUGAGAGUGAAGAUUCUGUUCAACAAGAAGGAGAACGCUCUGGUCCAGAUGUCUGACAGCACACAGGCUCAGCUAGCCAUGAGUCACCUGAGCGGUCAGCAGCUUCACGGGAAGUCUCUGCGCAUCACGCUGUCCAAACACACCAGCGUCCAGCUUCCCCGUGAAGGCCAUGAGGACCAGGGCCUGACCAAAGACUACAGCAACUCCCCCCUGCACCGCUUCAAGAAGCCCGGCUCCAAAAACUACUCCAACAUCUUCCCACCUUCUGCCACCCUACACCUCUCCAACAUCCCCCCAUCUGUUGUUGAAGACGACCUCAAGAUGUUGUUUUCCAGCUCAGGAGCCAUGGUCAAGGCCUUCAAGUUCUUCCAGAAGGACCAUAAGAUGGCUCUGAUCCAGAUGGGUUCGGUGGAGGAGGCCAUCGAGUCCCUCAUCGAGUUCCACAACCACGACCUGGGAGAGAACCACCACCUGCGAGUGUCUUUCUCCAAGUCCUCCAUCUGAGCUUCGGACUCCACCUUCAGCCGACUCGAUGGUCCACUACACUCCGAUCAUUCCAACACUUGUCUGCAGAAACACCGUGAAGUCUGGUGUGAUGUUAAAUUAUUUUUUUAAACUCGUUUUUAGGUUUGUGAGGAUCAGAGACGCGGUCGGAGAAUAAAGUCAGUAUUCUGAGUUCGUCAGGGUUUUCUGAAUCAGUCCGACUUCUUAGAUUAUCGCCGGGAUUCGGACUGACGUCGUGUUCGUGUCCUUCUUGUUUUGAAGUCGAUAGCCGCUCUUGCCUUUUGACUUUAAUCCCAGAAUUAAAGUUAGCCUUCUAAAUUUGACGUCUCGGGAACUUCUGACUCCAACUCAGAAUCUUUUCUUUAAUCUCAGACUGUCGAUGGUUUCCCUGUGGUCUUAACGCUCCUCUCUGAAGUUCCCUGUUCAACAAACGCUGACGGUGUUUGGGAAGUCACAGAUCGACCAAACGCUGUCAGGGUUCAGUCCGGGCCUCGAGCGUCCUUGUUACGAGGGGUCCGGUUCGGCCUUCAGACGAUCCCUGUGCCUUAUUCCUCCACUUCAUCAUAUUAAAGAAAUUUCCCAUCAUGCCUCUGUAAAUUGGAGACCAGGUUUACAGUUGAUAAAGGUUUACUGUUGUCGUAUUACAGACAUAUUCAUAUUUGAUGUAUUUUUUGGUGUUUCUUUGUUAGUUUUGUACUGCUGGUUACUGUAGCGUCAAACAUGUGAACUGGUUCUUGUUUUAGUGGGUUUGCUGGUUUUUAGAUGAACUUCUUGUUUUUCUUUUUGAUUUCUUUCUUCAUGUAUGCAAUCACGUUUUAUUCAAAUCAAAUAUUGUAGCAAUAUUUUAAUCAUUCCUGAACUUUGAUUUGUUUGAUGGGUUUUCGGUGUCUUGGCGAGCUGGACAGCCGUCGCUCGGCGGCCGUCGCUCCACAGACGGAUGUUUGUUUCUUUGUUGUUCUGUUGGACUUGAUGAUGUUUGCUCGUCUCGUUUCUCCUCUGAACGGUUUUAUUUAUAAGUUUGUGAUCCACUACAGCUGAAACCAAAAACGGCCUUCUCGAUGCAAACAAUCCGCCUGCCUCAGGUUUCUGGUUUUAAAGACUAAAGAAGGAGACGUGGUUCAGGCUCGCUCUGUUUUCCUGUGGGGACGUUUUUAUGAAUUUUUCGACCGCUUCACUGGACUCGACCCUUCAGCCUCUGUUUCUAAACCCGAUGUAACGUGGAGUGCCUUCAACGCAGAGUCCAUCAGGUGAAGAGACGUCAGAGGUCGGUUUGGUUCAUCUGUGUCUUAAUAUUAUUACGUCGACAUUCCAGCUGCUCAGACGUCCACCUGGGAGGGUCGGCCACCUUAACCUUCUGCCUGAACCUGGACCCGGCCGGUCCGCCUUCUGCCUGAACCUGGACCCGGCCGGUCCACGGGUCUUUUAAAGAGACCAAAGACAACUUUGUCAGACAUGUUGGACCAAAAUGAGCGCUGCUAUGACAGGCCUACAAACCGACCAAUCAGAAGGCAGCAGAAAUGAUGCAGGAAAGACGCUUGUGGUUACUCUGACUCCGUGCAGAUGCAUGAUGGGAGUUGUUGUUUCUCAGCUAGCUUUCUUUCGAAUGUCUGAUCACAUGCUGCGUGAUGAAGGACUCCACCUGACCGCCGCGGUCCGUCUUCUUUCUUCUGAUCAUUCCAAAUUAGUUGCUGAGCUGUGAUUGGUUACCGCGCCAUGCUUUGACCUUUGACCUCAGGACUCCCAGCCCGACUCAGACUUUGACGCUGCAGUCAGAACAUGUUCGUAUUCCCCCUGUGACGUGUUCACACAGGACACGUGAUGGAUCAGCUGUUCCUCCCAGGUGUCGUCAGAUGAAGUGGACCAAUGAAAAACCUCCUGCUGGAUGUCAACACGGGUUUUUGUGACACACCACAGAAGAAGAAGUCGUGUUUGUUCGUCACUACAGCAGACACAGUCACAUUCAGUUUUUCCCGGGUGACUUGAAUGCAUCACCUUCAGUGUCAGGUGAGGCAGGACUGGGACCAGUGGGGGGUGUACAUACGUGUUUUAUACCACAGUGACGUGUCCGAGAGCUGAUGGCUGGUUUUAUAUCUGAUGAAUCGUGUAUAUUUUGAUCCGAGUGCGACGGUUCUGAGCCUUACACUGUUGAGUCACAAAAAAACAGAUUAAAUCACUUUUUAUCCAAAAA